CAAUUACAUUUUUAUCUUUAUAAAUUAUCUCGAGAGUUCAAAUGAAUUGAUAAACAUAAACAGACAAUUUCGUUUCAAGUUUGUUCAGUGACAAAAAAGACAUUGAUCUAAACUUUUUUUUCUCUUGUCUUCUGUCUCACGUGACAGAAUUUCUGCACUCUAUUUCAUAAAUAAGACUUAAUUGAAAUCAACCCAAAGAACUUCCAUUGUUUGACUAUAUCGUUUUGUCCUUGACUUCUAUAUGUCAAUUAUUUUUAUCAAUUUUUUUCAAAAUUUAGAUUGCAGUCGUUCUUAAACAAAUUGUUAUACGGAAAAAUUCAGUGUUGGUGUUUUGAAAAAUUGUGAAACGAAUUUCAUAAAAAGGAUAAUGUUGAAAAAUGUUUGUUUUCUUGUUUUGAUUGUCCUCGCGAGUCAAAUAGAAUCUUUACUACUUCAUGAUGGAUGGAUCGGAGUUAUUAAAUCAAAAGAACAAUCGUUUCCAGCGACAGUUCCUGGUGGAAUUUACACAGACUUGGAAAAGGCGCAAAUUAUUCCGAAAAAUUUUAAAGGAUCAAAUGAUGUGAAAAAUCGAUGGGUUGUCAAUGAGACUGUAAUUUAUUUUACAAACUUUGAAGUUACGGAAGAAUUUUUGAAAGCACCUAAAAUUGCUUUAAUAUUUCACGGUUUGGAUACAUUUUCGACUAUAUUUUUGAAUGAUGAAUACAUCGGAACUUCGGAUAAUAUGUUUGUGAAAUACAAUUUUAAUGUGAAGAAGCACUUGAAGAAAGAAGUGAAUUCGACGAAUAAGUUGGAAGUACAUUUUGCAUCGCCAUUAAAAAUUUCAGAAAUGUUUUACGACAAACAAAAAUUGAAUUACGAAGUGGUUCCAAAGUGUACUCCUGAAAAAUAUAAUGGCGAGUGUCAUGUUAAUCACAUUCGAAAAAUGCAAGCCAGCUUCAGUUGGGAUUGGGGUCCGGCUUUUCCCUCAAUUGGAAUUUGGAAAGAUGUGGAAUUAAUUCCUGUGACCGAUGCAUACGUGACGGAAAUUACAGCGGACGUUGUUAAAAGAAAUUCCCAUUGGGAAAUAAAUGUUGGAGUAUUUUUCGACACUUUAUCCUAUGAGAGAGAUUUCACUUUCAAUGGAGUUUUACAAUCAGUAUUAGAACUCGAUGAUGGAAAAUCGAUAACGAAUUCUACGGAGUUUUCAUUAUCGGUGAAAUGGAAAUAUUCGAAUAUUUCUCUUACUCUACAAGUUCCACUCGAAUCAGUGAUGUUGUGGUGGCCGAACGGAUACGGAGAUCAAAAGCUCUACAAUCUCAUCACUUACGUUCAAAUUGUCCCCUAUGAGACGAAGUCCAUGAAAAAAAUUGGUUUCCGAACUAUUGAAUUAAUUCAAGAUCCUCUCGACGAGGGUUUAACGUUUUAUUUUCGUGUGAAUAAUUUGCCAAUUUUCGCGAAAGGAAGUAAUUACAUUCCAGGAAGUAUUUUCCCCGAGUUGAGUACGAGGAGAGAGACUAUUUUGCCACUAUUAACAUCGGCGAAGGAGGCGAAUAUGAAUAUAUUACGUGUCUGGGGCGGUGGAAUGUAUGAAUCAAAUCUUUUCUACGAAUUGGCUGAUGAAUUGGGAAUUUUAAUAUGGCAGGAUUUUAUGUUCGCCUGCAGUAUGUAUCCAACUAAUGAGGAUUUUCUAAAAAGUGUGUCCAAUGAAGUUUCACAAAAUGUCAUUCGAUUGAAACAUCACGCGAGCAUUGCUCUCUGGGCGGGCAAUAAUGAAAAUGAAAUUGCACUUUAUGGCAAUUGGUAUGGAACUGGAAACAAACAGGUUUACAAGGAUGAUUAUAUUAAAUUGUACGUGGAAAUUAUUAAGAAUAUUGUCGAAAAAUUGGACCCAACGAGGUCGUAUGUCGUCUCAAGUCCCAGCAAUGGAUUGUAUAGUGAUCAUAAUGGUUAUCUUGGAACGAAUCCGGGAUCAAAUUUAUAUGGAGAUGUUCAUUAUUAUAAUUAUCUACAAAACGGAUGGGAUAUGAAUCACUUUCCACGAGCGAGAUUCUCUUCGGAAUAUGGUUUUCAAUCUUGGCCCUCGGUGGAGACGUUGAUUUCUGCUGCGGAAUAUGAUGAGGACUUGAAAAUUCGCAGUGAUUUUAUGCAACAUCGACAACAUUUGCAGGGUGGCGAUGAAUUUAUGAAAUUGUUGAUCGAAAAGAACUUUAUUAUUCCCGAGAGUAAUAAUACGCGAAGGGAUCUUGAAGAUUUUGUCUAUCUCAGUCAAAUUAAUCAGGCGGUUUCAAUUCAAAUGGAAACGGAAUUUUAUCGACAAGGAAAAAGUUUUUUGAAUGCAAACGGUGAAGGUUACACGCGUGGUGCACUUUAUUGGCAAUUAAAUGAUGUCUGGCAAGCUCCUUCUUGGUCCUCGAUUGAAUUUGGUGGACGAUGGAAGAUGCUGCACUAUUUCGCAAGAGAUUUUUUCGCCCCCGUGAUUGUGAGUUCACGUUUGUCUUUGGCUCGAGAUCUGACAAUCUACAUAAUUUCGGAUUUGCAUCGUCCUCUAAAAGAUUUAUCACUGACUUUAAAUAUUUACAAAUGGACUUCAAUUAUUCCAGUGUCGAUUCAAAAAUUCCCGAAUCUCUCACUAAAUUCCGAUGAAUCGAAAGUGGUGAAGAAACUUUGGUUGGACGAUUUCUUGAAGAAUAAUAAUUGUGGAAUUUUGGAGUCGGUGAAAACUAAUUGCUUUUUGGAAAUUUUGUUAGAAAAUGAUGCCAAAGACGAAAUUAUUGGUGUAAAUUACGUUUAUCCAUCUCCUUUGAAAACGAUUUCAUUGCCUCCUGCUAAUGUUAAAAUGGAAGUAAAUCCGAAAAGUUUGCCUGGCAAGAUGGCAAAUUAUUCCGAUUACGAAAUUGAAUUGACGUCGGAUAAUAUAGCUCUAUUCGUUUGGCUAGAAAUGGGAUCAUUGAAAGGGAGAUUUUCUGAAAAUGGCUUUCAUAUCUUAAAGGGGAAGAAGAAAAUUAUUUUACACGCAUUUGAGGCAAUGACACCAAAAGAAAUAAUGAAACAUGUUUACCUGAAAGUACUGUCGGAUGUUUACAAACCAUAAAAAAAUAACUAGAUAGAAAUUGACAAAGUCCAUCAUGACGGAAAAUAAAAAUCGCGAUGUAAAUAAAUUUCAAAUCCAAUUAAAGCGACAAGUAUGACAAAUGCAAUGCCACAUAACACAUAAAUGGUAUCAAUCAUAUUUCACCAAAGACUUUACAUAUUUUAAUUAUUUUAAUUUUGAAUCGUUGUCGGAAAAAUUUGUACUACAUUAAUAACAAAAAUUCAUUAUUUCAUCAUA